GUUUAAUCUUCCAAGUGUUGGAGGUCGAUCCAGUGAGUUUGUAAUGACAUCGGUUUUCUUUCCAUUUCUCCAUAUUCAAAAGCCUCGUCUUGCCCCGUACCUGCAAAUCACUUGCAGCCCAUUCGCGUGCUCAGUCCAUUCUUUGACAUCUAAAAACCUACGAGUUUCUUAUCGCCAAGUAUGAGUGGAUUGCAGCGCUUAGAUCUCCCCCUCGAAAUUUUCGGACAGCAGCCAGGACUAAACGGGCUCUACACCCAAAUAUGCCACUGUUAUCCCGUGUCCGAUGCCUCGACACAUUCCACAAUCACUGAGCGUCUACAAACAGGCUUAGGAAAACUCACCGCAAGCUUCCCAUGGAUCGCAGGUCAAACCAUUAAUGAAUCGGGCACCUUCAAGAUCAAGGAUUUUGAAAAGACCCCCCGUCUCAUUGUCAAAGAUUUAAGAAAUGACUCCUCCAUGCCGACCUACAAUGCACUCAAGAAGGCAGAGUUUCCGUUCAGCAUGCUGGACGAGAAUAUCAUUUGUCCUCGGAACACGCUACCAGGGAUGUCGAACGACUCUACCUCACCAGUAUUUUUAGUGCAAGCGACCUUUAUCACAGACGGGCUCCUAUUGUGCUUUGUCGGUGAGCACAAUUGUAUGGACAUGACAGGCCAAGGCCAUAUCAUUUAUCUUUUUUCGAAAGCAUGCCGCAACGAAUCUUUCACCGAUGAAGAGCUAAGAACCGGAAAUCUUGACCGCCGAAAUAUUAUCCCGUUACUCGACGACUCAUACACCCCCGGCCCGGAAUUAGAUCGUCAGAUCAUAAAACCCCUUCCCAAAAGGGCUUGCAAAGGGGUCGGCGAAAUUGCGGCAACUCGACCUGUAAUUCCGAAGUCUAUAUGGGCGUACUUCGACUUCUCUAGCGCUUCACUUGCGAAGCUCAAAUCGCUCGCCAUGGAGACUAAACCAUCUGGUGCAGGCUUCGUAUCGACCGAUGAUGCCUUGACCGCUUUCAUUUGGCAGGGUGUGUCUCGCGCUCGCCUAGCCCGCUUGAGGCCCACCAAAAAGUCAACAUGUGCUCGGGCGAUAGAUCCACGACGGUAUCUUAAUAUUCCGAUGACAUAUCCAGGACUUGUGCAGAAUAUGGCAUACAAUGACUCUACCCUCCAGGAAGUGGCUGGCGAGUCACUGGGGGUCAUCGCCGCGCAACUCCGAUCUGCCGUGGACCCAAAGACCUCGAAUAUAGCACAUCGGACGAGUGCUCUAGCCACUUUACUCUCUCAAGUGGAAGAUAAAUCACACAUCAAUGUGACUGCAAACAUGGAUUUCUCAUCCGACAUUAUGCUCAGCUCGUGGGCGAAAGUCAAUUCCUAUGAUCUUGACUUUGACCUAGGGUUGGGAAAACCGGAAGCAGUGAGAAGACCGAUGUUUACAGGAGUAGAAAGCCUAAUAUAUCUAAUGCCGAAGAGAAGAGACGGAGAAAGUGCGGCUGGGAUUUGUUUGAGAGAGGAGGAUAUGGAUAGAUUGAGGAACGAUGAAGAAUUUAUAAAGUAUGGCACAUAUAUUGGAUGA